GUAAGUGCUGUGUAAACUUGUAAAUGUAUGAAGCGAUAUCGUGGGAAGAAAUGACGUAAUAAAGAUAAUGGUUUAUUUUAAUAUACAAAAUCACACCACUUAUGGUGUUUUAAUGGUGUUGGUGACCCUGGCGUUGGUGACCAAUAUUGAAGGACAGGAUAGACCAUCGAAGAAAGAUAAAUGUAGUUUGGUACUGUGUAAGCCUGUUAUGUGUAAGAACGCAUACGUUCCAGCUGGACAAUGCUGCAAAGUCUGUCCUAAAGAUAUUUUCAGAUGUGAUAAGAGUUUUGAAAAACCGUGGUCAAAAGAGUACAAAUCGCCCCGAAUCCCAGCGAACCGAACGCUGGUUGGCGACUGUACCUAUGAUGUAGGAACCUGUCCUACGGGGACAUGUCGAUACAACAUCUACCGCCAUAAAGGUUGCCCCGAUGAUGGAAUAAUAUGUCCCGUGGGAGAAUACCGAAAAGUCGACUGCGGUGUUUUUGGAACCAAAGAAGUGAAAUAUAUUACUCAUUGCGCCUGUUGCAAAGAUAGCGGUAUCACGGUAGUUGGAACAGUCACAGAUUACGACACAUCGGAGACACUUUCUGCAAUGUCUGUCAGUAUAAAUACAAAUGGCAUAGUUCUCACUGAUGAGAAGGGUUUCUUUAAAGAAACAAUACCUGCCACAACACAGGUCGUUAUACACGUGACCGAUCCAUCGGGUGUGUACAUAGUGGCCGUUAAAGUCAUCGAUCUUCCUGCGACAUACAGAGGUACACUGAAUGUGGAAAUCAGAAUGAUUAAAGCGGCUCCUCCGGUGUCAAUUGACCCUACAAAGGACAACAUGCUUUCAAUUUCUGGUGACCCUACGAAUUUAGGACAAGGAGUUGCUCAACUUAUCAUCAAUGCAAAUUCAAUCACCGACAUGGCAGGAAAUCCGUACAGCCAGUCAGUACAAAUUAGUAUCACGGCACCCAGUGUGAACGAUUCGUUCACAGAUGAACUCGGACAGUUCAUUACUGUUAACGGCGAAGCGCUUAUGUCUGACGGUAUUCUCCAGAUCGAUCUGAGAACAGACUCAGGCGAUCCAUUGACCGGUCAAGUCGUGUUCAGGGUACGACAGGGUAUGGCUCUUUGGCUACUAGAUGAAGCUAAAGGACGAUGGGCAUUGGCUCCAACAACGAAUGUUAAUCGUCGUAAACGACAGAUUGAUCUGACUGAUGAUUUGCUGACACAGAUCAAUACUGGAAACUGGUAUAACAUUGACAAGAUCCCGGGAGUACCCAGGUGCUACUUUAAAGCGAGAGUCUUCUACGAGAACCCAGCGGACGCAGCUAACCCAGCCACAUUCGCUCCAGGUGUCGUUGCAUAUACGCCAAACAACGAACGACUGAGACUAUAUUUCCCAUACACCAGCGAUCUUGAUAGCAAGUGCUUUGAGGUUCGAUGUCUGGACUUUAAUCCAGCUAAUCAAACAAACGUUCUGAUCGGACUCAUGAAUCUUACCUCAGCGGAAACAGUUUCGAUUGGUGGAAGCUUUAUUCCAGUGAUAACACAAUUAAAACCAAAAAACCUGGCUGAUUACUCCUCGGUGAUAGAAGUUGCUCAUACAGCUGUGCGAUAUAAUGUCUUACCAAACCAAAAAGACGUAUUCGUCAACUUUAUUUCAAAUUCAAAUGGCGGGUUCUACCAAGAUUUAUCUACUUGCAUGAACUCAACAAUCGACCAACCAGCGUUCCAUUUUAUCAAACCCAGCCUGCCGGCCUAUGAGCCCAUACCAGACGGUACAAAUCUGUGUACUGCACGAAUUAAUUUCACCGACGCGUUCAAUUUCUCGGCUACAAUAGACGACCUUCCGAGCAUGCCUGGUUUCACAGCCACCAGCGUUUGGUCCUCGGCAGGGACUAAUUACCACUACACCUACUCCACUAGCAUCCAGAAGGACAACGAUGGUGUUCGGGAUUUCUACUAUGCUUGUAUUCAGUACCGAUGCAGUGAAGGUCUCGAGAACACAACUGUCUAUUUGAAUAUCGAUAUUCCAACGGUGCCGUAUUUCAACAACUUCACGAACAACGUAACAGAACAAGCGGCGUUCUCUUGUUGGGGACCCUGUAGCGGUACUCUGUGUGGACAAUCAUUGUAUCAGACAAGCAUCGAAGGCGCGUUUAUUGCACCGGAACUCGUUCCUGGACAAAAUGGCCCAGACUUCUAUGAUGGAACGAAUAUUGCAGAUUGUGCCAGCAGGAACUCAAAUGAAGCAUUCGCGUUCUCGUUCUACUGCUAUCGUAAACAACGUUUUUAGUCGACCUGUUCAAGCAAAAGAACUCACCGAUCAGUUUAAAUGUUCUGAAUGCGCAAUGAGAAAGUUCUGUUUAAAAACGAAAUAUGUAUUUCAUUGAACGUAAACAAUAAUAUUUUUGA